AAGAAUGUAUUUCCCACCAUUCCUGCGGACUGAAGACCCUUGAUGGGACCAUGGAUGGGACGGACAAGCCCGGUUGUUAUAGCAACGUAACUGUUAAACAACGAAACGAAACUUCUACAGCGCCACCGAGUGAAUUUGAAGUCUUCCUAAAACAAAACGCAGACUUUUUUUUUUAUUUCUGCACUUUUUUUUGGGCACUUUAUCAUUUUAAGCAUGAUUACUCCGUCUGAUUCCUUGUUGAAGUAUGAUAAUCCGGUAUUAGUGAGCAAAAAUACAGAGAGGAAGUCUCCAAAGAGUCGCCCUUUGAAAGUGAGUCCCCAACAGAUGGUUGACACCGGCCCGGUCCCACCUCCACCCAAACCCAAGAGUCCCUCAGCGGAUGCCAGCAAGCAGCAAACCGAGGAGAUCCUAAAUGCCAUUCUACCACCAAAGCAAUGGAUGGAGAAUAACCAGUUAUGGGUGCAGCCAGUGUCCAGUGCUCCAUGCACACGAAUGGAUGUUAUUCAUUUGCAAGAACAGCUGGACAAAACCCUGCAGGAGAGGCAGGCCAGAGAGACCGGCAUCUGCCCAGUCCGCAGGGAGCUCUACUCUCAGUGCUUUGAUGAGUUAAUCAGACAAGUCACCAUUAACUGUGCCGAGCGGGGCCUCCUGCUGCUGCAAGUAAGAGACGAGAUUCGCAUGACCAUAUCUGCCUAUCAGACACUGUACGAGAGCAGUGUGGCCUUUGGCAUGAGGAAAGCACUUCAGGGGGAGCAGGGAAAGUCUGACAUGGAGAAUAAGAUUUCGGAGUUGGAGAGCGAGAAGCGAGAUUUGGAGAGGCUAUUGAAUGAGCAAAAGGCUAAAUGUGAAGCAAUCGAGAGACGGGAAGCAGAACGGCGGGAAAUUGAGGAAAAGAAGCAUGCCGAAGAGGUCCAGUUCCUCAAACGAACCAACCAGCAACUCAAGGCACAACUGGAGGGCAUAAUUACCUUGAAGAAUAAAGCCUAGAUAUCAUUAGAAUAUUAAUACACAAACUAUUCAGUUUCAAAGAAUAAAACAUUUAUAAAAGCA